UCAGGGGACAAGGGGAGAGGGGGCAAGAGUCCGGGGGUAGUUGCCUCUCAGUCAAAAACAGGGGAGAGGGGUGAAGGGGUGAAGUUAGAGACUGCCACAGACAGCAGCACAUCAGCAAAGUGCAGCCCUGCACAGACUGGCACUGACACUGGCUGUACCGAUGCGCCUUCUGGUGACACAGUAGCCGAGACUACAUCCUCAUUCACGAUUACGGCCUCUAAAGUUGACCCCAAAUUACGCACCCCCAUUAAGAUGGGAAUAGCAAUUACAGUGAAAAAAGACUCGGGGGAUCACACAGAUUAUAAGGCAGAGAUGUCAGAAAGUCAGAUGUCAGAAUACAUUAGCUUGGAAAACCAGUCAGUGGGGAGUCUGUUUAGCGGAUACAGAGACCCAAAGCUGUCAGAAAGAAGAGAUUAUCCUGCAGAGAACUGCAAUAACAACAAUAACCUUGAGUCCUCUAGCGUCCAGGCUAACUAUAUACAAUGUGGCAGUGUGGUGUUUAAUUUGCAGUCGUCUUCUGAACCCACCCUUCAGAAAGCCAGUAGGAUUGAAGCUUUGUUCUGUAGAGACUCUCUAGAGAGAGUAGAAGAAAACAGUGUUCAGGCUGAACAAAGACAAAGUGAAGCCAUCAAGGAAGCUGAGGUGAAGCAGCAAAAGUCUAGGCUGCCUGUCAAAGCGCCAGGGUGGUCUUUUCAUACACAAGGCACAGCAAUAGGGAAGCAAAAACCCAAACAGGUUGUUAAGGCUGAGGGGAGGAGAAGAGCAGAGCCUGUCAUUGCCAAAGUAGAGCCCAGGUCUAGAAUCCCAAUCAAAGAUAUUAAAAAGAGCAGCACACCCAACUCCCCAAUAUCAGUGCAGGUAACAACUCAGUCUAGCAGGGAAAGAGUAGCUAUACAGUUUACCUCCAGGUUGCCCAUCAAAGACAGGUCUCAGGUUAGCUCGUCAGGUGAGACGAGUAGGGAGAACGCCAGCGAGGUUUGUAAACGCACCAUCGAGUACUUUAAGGGCAUUAGCGGGGAGACGCUAAAGCUGGCCAACCGCCUAUCAGACGAAGAGAAAAAGACACAGGGAGAACAGUCCGAGGAAGACAGCACCUCCAGGAGCACCUCUCUGUCGGACCCCUCUCAGCCCUCCCGCUCGUCGAGGUCUGGUAGAGGCUCGAGAGCUGAGGCCGGGGCCUUGUCCGUAAGGGCAAAGGUCGACAGGGCCUCCGGCAGUGAGAGGAGCAGGAGGAGUAGGCGGACUGGUGGGAAGGAGGGCAGUCAGGUUGCGGGGCCUCGGGC